AAUAUAUGAUCGUAAGUUUAUUAAAUUAUUCUUUAUAUAUUAAGUGUUGUACUGCAUAUUUAUUUAUUUGCUCUUUUUGUUAUAGCUCUGAAGGAGUCUCACAAAUUGAAGCCGCAAUCACCGGAGAAAUCUCCAUUUAAGAGGCGGGUGAUUAUCAAAAAAACCAUGUAGUUUCGUUCCAAAGCAUCUCAUGUCCGUCUCUAUUGUGCUGGAGCCACACCGUAGGUGUAGUAUGACGUCUUUUUGGGAGCUCUACAAGGGGCCACCAAGAAUCUCGAACAAUUUCAUCACUGGUAGGAGCACGGUCGAUCCAAAGGGGUCAAAACUAAACUCCGAUGCUUUCCACGCUCCCCUAUUGGUUUGAAAAGCCGCCUAUUUUGGGAAUAUGGCAAAACUGCAGACUCAAAUGUCCCACCCAGUUCUAAAGUCCACAUUCAAAGGUACUUUCACCCUGAGUGUUGUUUUUUUAGCUGUGAUGCACGCAGAGCUACAGGGGCUCAAAGUCGUUCCACGGGUUUUGAGGUUCGGGCUUCGGAGUUUAUCAGCCACCACUCCACAGCCAAGACGGAUUCAGCAGAAGGGUUGGUAGCACUACAUCACGAAAGUAUGACAAGAACCCAACUUUUUCCGACCGAGAAGUUGGCGCGAAACGUGAUCUGCUGGUGGUGAGACGGAGAGAAACUUCUAUUUCUGGUACACUUUUUCAUUAAAAGUCUAAUCAGAGAUGAGGUAUUCUUUGAGGGCCAGGACCAAAUUGCUCACACAUGAGGAUACAAAUGACCCUCCAUUAAAAUUAAAGAAGAAACCUGAAAAAGGGAGGAAAAAAAUAAAGAAGCAAACUAAGAGGGAGAGACUAUCAAAAAAAAUGUUAGCUCAAAAACUAAGAAGAGCGAAGAUCAAGUUGGACCCCAAACUACACGAAGCUCAGAAAAUGCAAGAACGUGAAAGAUGGAAGAGAAGAAGAGCAGCUGGGAAAGUAAAAUUAAUACAUGACAUGACUCCAAGGGAAAAAAGAAUUGUUAGAAUGAGACGUAAAAUCAGUGCUAGGAAGCAUUCAGCAAAGCAAUUAAGAACAGCAAGUGAAAUGACAUUGAGCGUGCAACAAGUUGCAACAGCGGAAGUAGUUUCAUCAGUAGUGUUUCAAGGCCCUUCCCUUGCUGAACAGCAAACUCCAUCUAUCUCUUGUUAUUGUGCAAUCAACAAAAAUACUAAAAAUAUCAAGAGGGCCAACCAAAAAAAUGCUUUAAGGAAAAAGAAGAAAAACAUAUCCAAAACAUACCAAAGAUGUGUGACUCUUGAAAAAAAAUUUACAAAUCUGCAGAGAACUCAUUGGCGUUUAUUGAAAACCCAGAAAAAAUCAGAACCUUUGAGUGAUUCUCCUCCAAGUAGAAUAAACAGAGAAUUUAAAGGAAGGCAACUGGAUCCAAUCACAAAGAAAAGACUUAUAUUUGGAGAAGUUUUAAAGGAUCAAAUUGCAGAGUCUGCAAACAAUAAAUCAACCAAAACCAAACAGGCAUUUUACAAGUUAUUAUCAGGUAAAGUUAUAAAGAAAUAUAGAAUGCUUCACAUGACGAAGAAUAUGUUAUCUAGACCGCUACUUCAGAAGUAUAUGAAGAAUGAUGAUGGUUUGAACUAUACCAGAGUCUCCAAGAUCAAAGUCCGACACACAGAAGUCAAGGAAUUUUAUGCUAGAGAUGACAUUAGCUCAAAGUGUCCCGACAAAAAAGCAUAUGUGAUUUCCUACAAAAAUGGAAAAAUGAAGAAACGGAAGAGGAUUUUGCAGGGGAAACUCACAGAUCUUUAUUCAAAAUAUUCAUCUGAAUGUUCACAAAAAAAUGUUAAACCUUUGUCAUACACAGUAUUUUGUAGACUAAAGCCUUUCUUUGUUGUUCAUCAAAAAGCCAGUGAGAGAGACACUUGUCUGUGUAAGUAUUGUGAAAAUUUUACAAUGAAAGUUGAAGCUUUACACAGAAUUAGUGUUAUCAGAGAAAGCACUCCGUAUAAAGUUAUGUCUGCUGUUACUUGCAAUGCCCAAAAUGAUGAUUGUUUAAUUAGAAAGUGCGUAAGCUGUAAAGAUAAGAGUAUAGAUUUUUCAACUGAAGUCAGUAAUGAAACUAUUGUUAAAUAUUCAGAAUGGGAUAAGAAUGUUGAUAAGAAAACUGUUAAAGUUGACAAAAGUUCAGAUCUACUAAUGUUUAAGAGCAUCUUCUUGGACAGUCUAAUUACAUAUCAGCAUCACUACUUCAAACAGAAACAUCAACAUGAAGUAUUGAAGAACAAGAGAGAAAAUUUGGCUGAUGGAGAAAUUUACAUACAUUGUGACUUUUCUGAAAACUAUGGCUGCAAAUAUACAAAAGAGAUUCAGCCAAUGUAUUAUGGUGGUAAUAGAGAAGAAAUUUCUAUUCACACUGGGGUGCUUUAUACCAAAAAUAAAAGCUACGCUUUCUGUACGUUGUCUAGAAAUGGGCGCCAUGAUGCACCUGCUAUUUGGGCGCAUCUUCUGAAAGUGUUUAAACAUUUCAUGCCAAAGUUCUGUGGUAUCAGUAAAGUUCACAUUCAAAGAUUGAGACAUUAUGGAGACAGCGUCGAGCCGUUUCUCUCGAGACGGUUUGGAGACAAUCUAGAGACGGGUCGAAGAUGA